UUCAUCCAUUUAGAAGAAUAGUGUGGUGGUGUUGUGUGUAGUAUUUAAGUGCAAAUACAAUUAACAAUUUGGAAACAGUCGAAAAUGUUAUUCAAAUCAUACAUACCACUGCUAGCUGGCAUUUGUGCUUUAAGCCUGUCACCAUUUGUGGCAAAUGCCAAAGAGGAGGAGCAAAAAACAAGCGGCCGAUGAAAAACAUUUCGCCAUCGAAUUGGACCCGGAAACAUUUGACGAGGUUAUCGCAACCGGCAAUGUAUUUGUCAAAUUUUUUGCGCCAUGGUGUGGACACUGCACAAGAUUGCAUCCACUGUGGGAACAGUUGGCCGAAAUCAUGAAUGUCGAUGAACCCAAGGUGACCAUUGCUCGCGUGGAUUGCACCAAACAUCAAUCGCUUUGUGCCGAUCACCAAGUCACCGGUUAUCCCACAUUGCGUCUCUUCAAAUUGGGCGAAACGGAGUCCAUCAAGUUCAAGGGCACCCGCGAUUUGCCCGCAAUUACCGAUUUUAUCAAUCAGGAGCUUAACACAGUGGGCGAGGAGGAUUUGAGUGAAGAGAAGGCUUUGGAGGCAAAUCCAAAUGCUGGCAAGGUGGUUGAACUCACCGAGGAGACCUUUGCCAAGCACGUGUCCAAUGGCAAUCAUUUCGUCAAGUUCUUUGCACCCUGGUGCGGUCAUUGUCAGCGUUUGGCACCCACUUGGGAGAAAUUGGCCCAGGCGUUGAUCAAGGAGAGUGAUGUGACAAUUUCCAAAGUUGAUUGCACGCAGUAUCGUUCCGUUUGCCAGGACUUUGAGGUAAAAGGUUAUCCCACCAUGCUCUGGAUUGAGGAUGGCAAGAAAAUUGAGAAGUAUGCUGGCGCACGCGAUCUGGAGACGCUCACCGCCUAUGUGGAGAAAAUGAUUGGGACACCUAGCAAAAGUGGCGAUGCAGCGAAGAAAGAUGACGCCAAGGAUGAGGCUAAAAAGAAUACUGUGCUGCAGCUGAGCGGCGAUUCGGAGUUCGAGAAGGCAACUGCCGAUGGCAUCACGUUCAUCAAAUUCUAUGCACCAUGGUGUGGACAUUGCCAGAAACUGCAGCCCACUUGGGAGCAAUUGGCCACGGAUACCGUGUCCACGGAAUCGAAUAUUGUGAUUGCCAAGGUGGAUUGCACAACGCCGGAGAACAAACAGAUCUGCAUUGAUCAGCAGGUGGAGGGUUAUCCGACGCUGUUCCUCUACAAGAAUGGCAAGCGACAGAAUGAAUACAAUGGAAGCCGUUCAUUGCCAGAAUUGCAGGCGUACAUCAAGAAAUUCAUUGGACACGAUGAACUUUGAGCUUGCUGCAAUUAUCAAACACUGAACAAAUUCACAGCACACACGCAUACGAAUGUCAAGAUCAAGAUCAACAUCAUCAGCAUCAUUAUCAACAUCAGCAUCACCAUCAUCGCCAUCGCCAAAGUAACAUAAUUUCUGUAUGUUCAUCAAGACAGCCAAGUCGUGCCAUCUUGGAACGCGUUGUCAUCCAUUUGAAACAAAACAACAGCAAAUGUUUGAUACUAUUUUAAUUUCAUCUGUUUCGCUAUAGUUAUUUUUUAUUCCGAGUGUUUAUUUUUUUACUACUAUAUUUUUUUUCUUUUGUGAUGUAAUUUGCGAGUUUUGUUCACAUGUGCCAAAUAUCUAUAAAUAAACAAUCACAGUUGAAACUUUAAUAGACUUGAGGUAGAACAAUUUAUAAAAUUGCUGCUAUUAUUUACAUGAUAUGUACUAGAAGGCAAGGAUACGAACAUUUAAAUAGAUAUCUGGCAUGUUUGAUCUCAACUUUCGAGACUCACAUUAAAUAUUGAGUUUAGUUUAAAAAAAAAUGUCUAAUAAUAUAUAGCUCAAACGAAAUAAAUAAAAUAAAACCAAUUUGGGAAUGGAA